AUGAGGAUAUUCUUCUGUCUAGCAGUUGCUGCUUUGUUUUCUUCUACGUCGGCAUAUUUUAUUCACAUAGAUGCCAACGAAGAGCAGUGCUUUUUCGAUCGGGUGGUUUCGGGUACUAAAAUGGGUCUUAUGUUUGAAGUAGCUGAGGGUGGUUUUCUCGAUAUCGACGUCAAGAUAACUGGUCCUGACAACAACGUAAUCUACAAAGGUGAGCGUGAAAGUUCUGGGAAAUAUACGUUUGGUGCUCAUAUGGAUGGCGUGUACACGUAUUGUUUUGGCAACCAAAUGUCUACUAUGACUCCGAAGGUGGUAAUGUUUAGCAUGGAAGUCAUUCCGCCAGGUGCACCUGCGGGUACUGGAGAUGCUUCUCCAAAUCCUUCAGAGAGUGGAGCAAAACUGGAAGAAAUGAUUCGAGAGUUAUCCACUGCUCUUACUGCAGUAAAACACGAGCAAGAGUAUAUGGAAGUUCGAGAACGAGUACACAGAUCAAUCAAUGAAAACACCAACUCUCGCGUUGUACUUUGGGCUGUUUUUGAGGCGUUAGUUUUGGUUUCAAUGGCAGUUGGGCAAGUUUACUACUUAAAGCGAUUUUUUGAGGUGCGACGAGUAGUUUAA